AGAGCUCCAGCGAAGACUCGCUGUAGACUGUCUUGAGCUGAGAUUAACCAGAGAAUCAAACCAGAGUAAAGAUGAUUGCUGAAGAUUCUUCCCUAACAGAACACAACAUCUUGGAGAGAGGACAACAAAGAAGUACCUCCAGCCCUGUCUUUGUAUCAAAUAAUGAAGGGUCCCUUCCGGUUCCUAUUCCAUGCGCUGUACUGAAUGUGGUCUUCAUCACCGUUCUGGUCAUAACUCUCAUUGCUCUAUCAGUGGGCCAGUACAAUUGUCCAGCCCAGUAUGUGCCUUUAGAACCAUCGAGCAGCCCUAUUUCUUCAUGCUCAGAUGACUGGAUUGGAUACCAGGGGAAAUGCUACUUCAUUUCCAACACAACAAGGAAUUGGACCUUGGCCCAAAACUCUUGCUUGAAGCAUGGUGCUACUCUUGCUCUCAUUGAUUCUGAAAAGGACAUGAUCUUUUUAAAGCGAUAUGUGGGUCGAGCUGAACACUGGAUCGGGCUGAAAAAUGAAGCUGGUCAGACUUGGAAAUGGUCAAAUGGCAAAGAAUUUAACAACUGGUUCAAUCUUACAGGAUCAGGGAACUGUGCCUUUCUGAGUAGCACAGAGGUCAGCAGCACAGAAUGUGGACAGAAUUUGCACUGGAUAUGUAGCAAAGCCUUCAAAUAAUGAGAAAGCAUAUUUGUUUAUAGACUCUUAUUUCAUGGAACCCAGGAAAUUUGUGUCAAUGGAUGCUGCUCUCUGGUCAGACUUUUUCCAUAAAAAUUUUGUGAAAAACAUUGUAUUAUUUUGGAAUCCUCCUUCCAAACAAGACUGCAUAGAAAAGGAAGAGAAAUUCCAAGAAUAUCUGUGUUAUCUGCACUGUGGAAUAAAUACCCUGGUCAUAAGCUGAAAACAUCACAGAUUGACGGAUAUUUACAUCCAAAGAAUGAGAAGAAUGACUUUAAACCUUUUGACUGCACUUUACACUUUAUCAACUCAGAAAUAAUAAAAUAGCUAGGUUUAGAGCCAUUAUUUAUUGUUGGAUGACUACCAACGAUGAGCGUCCUUCAUGCCUUUGCACUAUUUGAAGGAGUUAGAUGGCAGUGUUAAAAACCGAAUGUAAACAAAGGAAAUUUCAACUGGUAACACAGACAUUGUCUAAACGCAUUUGUUAAACUCAGAGAACAUUUGUAAGUGGACAAAUGCUUAUGAAACUAAGCUUUGUAAUAUUUCUCUCUUUUUGGAGAAGUUUUCCAGGUUACUUUGUCACUUUUUCCCCCAAAAAGAAUGAGAUGACCUUGUACUUAAGUCAUUGUUCUUUACCUUACUUCUUUAACGACUUUUUCAAUGGUAUGUAGUUCUUUGCCUUUAAAACCGUCUACGCCCUGUUUUACAAAGAUAAAAACAAAACCAAAGAACAUUAGAAUAUUUGUAAACAGAUAAGUGCUGGAAAGUGUGCAAUAUACAGUGUCGCAGAUUCCUAUCAGAAAAAAAUCUGUACUGCUCAAACCCACAAUAUCUGAUUAUAGACUUAUGCCUCUCCUAAUCAAUUCUGUCAUGUGCAGUACUUCAUGUGAAGUAUUUUUAGUGCAAUAAACUGUUUGUUUGUUUGUUU